UUUCGCCUCUCUUUGUUUCCGGGAGAAACAUGGCGGAUCGGCUCACGCAGUUGCAGGACGCCGUGAACUCGCUUGCAGAUCAGUUUUGUAAUGCCAUUGGAGUGUUGCAGCAGUGUGGUCCUCCUGCCUCUUUUAGUAAUAUUCAGACAGCCAUUAACAAAGAUCAGCCAGCUAAUCCUACAGAAGAAUAUGCCCAGCUUUUUGCAGCGUUGAUUGCACGAACAGCAAAAGACAUUGAUGUUUUGAUAGAUUCCUUACCCAGUGAAGAAUCUACAGCUGCUUUGCAGGCUGCAAGCUUGUAUAAGCUGGAAGAAGAAAAUCAUGAAGCUGCUACAUGUCUGGAGGAUGUUGUUUAUCGAGGGGACAUGCUUCUGGAAAAGAUACAGAGCGCACUUGCUGAUAUUGCACAGUCCCAGCUGAAGACAAGAAGUGGCACCCAUAGCCAGUCUCUUCCAGACUCAUAGCACAGCAUAUAUAUACCGUGCGUGCGGCUGAGAAAAGAACUGUUUCAAUGCCAUUGAGAAUUCUGCAUCAGAUUUAGAUGUAAGCCUUACCAACAGUUACAGAAACAUUAAGCACUAUGACACGUUAUCGUUUUAGCUAUUUUAAAUAGUCUUCUGUUUUCAUUCUUAAUAAUAAGCUUGUAAAAUCGUGAUUGAACCAGCUUUAAACUGUCAUUAUGCCAUUUUUUUUAUUAUCUGGGUUAAAUGAUUGAGGCAGAUAUUGCAUUAAUGGUCAUAAUAUAAUUAAAC